GUUAGUUCUCACUUGUCGAUUCACACUUGUCGAUAAACCACAUGUACCAGAAGACAUUGUCAGCGACUGCGACACUCGUUUCAUGUCGGCGUUUUGGACUKCUCUCAUGCAGGAGUCCGGCGCAACAAUGAAACCAAGCUCGGCUCGGCAUCCUCAGACAGACGGGCAUACGGAGCGAGCACAUCAAACCGAUCAAAUGAUACUUCGUACGCUCAUCCGUCCGRACCAGAAAGAUUGGGUUGACCGCCUCCCCGACAUCGAGUUCGCCUACAACACUUCGGUGCAUCCGGCGAUCGGCGCGACUCCAUUCGAGUUGCACCACGGUGGACGGAAGGGCCGGAUCUUCGCCGACCUUGUCCUCCCUCGACCAGCCGUCAUUGACGCUGCCUGCUCUCCCGCUUCCGUCCGGAAGUACAAGGAAUUGCUGACUCAAGUCUGCGCAAAUAUGCAAAAGGCUCAAGUCCGCAUGCAGCAGCAAGCCAACAGGCGUCGCGUACCAUGUCCCAUCCGCGCCGGUGAUCUGGUUUGGGUCUCCACGGAAGAGUUUGCACAGGAACAGGAUGUUUCAUGCAAACUGCUUCCCAAGUGGUUUGGACCUUGGUCUGUGACAGCAGCCGCGGGCGAUGAGCCCGAUGGCCCUUCAUUUGUGAUCAACAUUCCUGAGCAUCUAACGGUCCAUCCGGUCUUCCACGCCUCGAAGCUGGCAACAUACACGCCAUCCAAGAGCGACGACUUUCCGGACCGACGAUCACAGGACCCUCCUUCUAUGGAUGGCCAUCAGGAAGUUGACCGCGUCAUCUCCGAUCGCAAGUACGGCAGCAAGCCGCGGCAGUAUAAAGUCACAUUCAAAGCAUGCGAUCGCGACGACACCCGGUGGAUUUCAGGCGCAGAUUUGAAAGCAUCCGCACCGCUGAUCUACGCGCAUUAUGAAAAGCGCAGGUUAGCUGAGGAAGCUUCACGACCAUGUCCCUCCCACCCGGACUGUGGUCCCUUCCUCUCGCAGUCCGAGCUGGCAAACCUACAGCGGGCCGUGCAGAAUCAGAAGACUCAGCACGAGGAUGCCACACGGGCACUGGACGCCCGUGUACUGGACCUCGAACAGGUUGUACCAGGACCAGAUGCCGGAGCUUCCAGCAGUGCAUCCUCUAGCCGCCAACUGGAGGAACGCAUUGACCACGUAGUGGCACUGCUAGGAGACAUAAUUUUCUCCAUAGAGCCGGCCACCAUCAGCCAGCGGUUCGAGUUGCUGGACACUAAGAUCAGUCAGCAGCAGCAGACUGACCACAGCCACAACAACAGCUCGGCGGGGCCAUACAAGAUGUCGACGUUCCGGAUCGAGAAAUUUGAUGACUACACACAUCAAGACCCGGUCGUCUGGUGGCAAGGAUUUACAACGGAGUUGUGGAUUCACGAAGUCCCUGACCAUCUGUUCAUCAGUGCUCUGUUCAUCAACACCAAGGGAGGUUGUCAGAUCAGGCUCAGCCACAUGGCAACCAUCCACGGCGUCCGGGUUUCAGACCUGUACAAGGUCUCCUGGGAAGACAUGACAAAGGAAUGGAAGAAGCGGUCAUGCGCCGCUCUCAGUCUCGCACUUGGUGAUCGCGAGCAGUACAACACUUUCGCGGAGAUCAUCAACAAGGCGAGAGAGCUCAUCAAGACUAACAGGCCGGCUGCACACGAGAAGUCCACGUGGCAGCCAACCUAUGUGGAGAAGGUACGAACUGGUCCACAACAGCAGCAGUUCGCUGCAGUCCGGUCGGACAAUGGAGAUAACCCUGCAGCCACUCCAGCAUCAAGUGACGGAGAUCAGGUGGCUGUUCUCCAGCCACGAAGCAACAACAAGUCCCGCAACAAUGGGAAGGCGAAAUCCGCAUCGCAGGCUGGAAAUGGACAACCAGGACAAUUUCCAUUGGUCAACUUUGGCUGGACCGAGGCGGAGUACAAGCUCGGGAAACUGAGCUCCGCGGAAGGUGAGGCGACUCCACCUUCUACUCCGCCAGAUUCGGCCGCCUUGCUAGCGGCCUCCUGCACAUCUGGGGAGGAUGCGAAUGUCGCAAGUCCUCGGUGUACUUACGAGGACUAUGCUGUCCACUUGGUUCCACCACUGGACCAACCGCUCCACGUGCAACAGUCCACCGCAUGCACGGUUUCAUCACCAUCGACAACCGAUUCGGCAGUUUCGCCGCAAUCUAUUGUCGGGGAUUCGACGUCAUGGUCAAGACUUGAAGAGAUCGACCCGUUGACGUUCGCGGACUUCCAGUCGAUGCCCGUUCCCUCGACCGGACGAUUGUCGAAACCGCAUUGCAAUGUGCUCAUGGCACAACUGCGGGACUACUUGCACACUGCAGUACCAGCUCCGUUGAUGGACGCCCGAGCAGAGGUUGUCGACCUUCACGCUUACAUCGCGAAGAUCGACCGCGAAUUCAAUACGCAACGGUACGACGACAUCGACGCACCAUUGCUAUACGUACGCAUUCAGAUUGGAGAGGCGACCUGCAGUGCCUUGAUCGAUUGCGGAGCAUCUCGCAACUACAUCAGCCAAGACUUCAUGGUACGCGUCGGCCAUGGCCCACGUGUCCGGAGGAAGUCCCAGCCUACGCAAGUCACUCUGGCAGACGGUCAUACGCACAAGUCCAUCGACCGGUGCAUUGAUGCCGUCCCAGUGUACUUUGCCUCUCACGCAAGUGAGGCGGUGUCCUUUGACAUUUUGGACACCAAAUUCGACAUGAUCUUGGGCAUGUCAUGGCUGCGAAGCAAGGAUCACCCGGUGAACUUCUUCCACCGCACGGUUCACAUCCGAAAUCGGAACGGAGUACUAGUUCCAUGCACGGUGCCUCUUCCUCAUCCUUCGAUCAGCUGCCACGUGGUAUCCGCCGCAAGCAUGCGAGCUUUCAUCAUCAGAGACGACAUCGAGGAGAUGGGGGUGUGUUUUCUCCACGCCCUCCCUCCCCAUGACGCUUCAUCGACGGACUCACCUUCGGAUCCACGCAUCACCGAACUUCUCGACGCCUAUAGCGACGUUUUCGAAGGCCCGCACGGGGUAAUACCGGAUCGACCCAUCCGCCACGAGAUCAUCCUCGAGGACGGGGCCGUACCUCCGCGCGGUUGCAUCUACUGACAGCUUCGCCCUCGCAGGUGAGCUAGGUUCUUCAAGGAGGGGGGGGUGUGGCAUACUGCGUAGCCACACGG